AAACUCGACCUCUUUUCCACCCAGUUAUCAGGGAGAAAAGCACUACAGCCUCAUCUGGCAAUCAUGAAUGGCGAUCACUACAGAAAUAUUAACCAACAUUAUGCAGAAGAAUGCAGUCAGGAUGACAUUGGAUCUUUCCUCUUUUCAUCAGAAUCUGUAGGGGAGGGACAUCCAGACAAAAUAUGUGACCAGAUCUCUGAUGCUAUCUUGGACGCACACUUGAAACAGGACCCCAACGCCAAGGUAGCAUGCGAGACCGUUGCCAAAACUGGCAUGAUUCUGGUUGCUGGAGAAAUCACAUCCAAAGCUCAUGUUGACUACCAGAAAGUCAUCAGAAACACAAUCAAACAAAUCGGCUAUGAUGAUUCUUCAAAAGGAUUUGAUUACAAGACCUGCAAUGUAUUGAUCGCCUUAGAAGAACAAAGUCCAGAUAUCGCACAAGGUGUUCAUGUUGCCAGAAAUGAUGAGGACAUUGGUGCUGGAGAUCAGGGUUUGAUGUUCGGCUAUGCCACAGAUGAGUCGGAGGAAUGCAUGCCUCUCACCUUGGUGCUAUCUCAUCAGCUCAAUGCCCGCAUUGCUCAACUGCGUCGAUCAGGCGAAAUGGCAUGGGCUCGUCCAGACUCCAAAGUACAGGUGACCAUUGAGUACAAGUAUGUUAAAGGUGCUGCCGUUCCCAUCAGAGUACACACAAUUGUGAUCUCCGUCCAGCACGACGAAACCAUCACACUGGAGCAACUCCGUAAAGAUCUCAGAGAGAAGGUUUGCGACCGGGUCAUUCCAAACAAACUUGCUGACAGCCAAACCAUCUACCAUCUGCAACCAUCUGGAAGAUUCAUCAUUGGAGGCCCACAGGGUGAUGCAGGUCUGACAGGCAGGAAAAUCAUUGUCGACACGUAUGGUGGCUGGGGAGCUCACGGUGGAGGGGCCUUCUCAGGCAAGGACUUCUCCAAAGUGGACAGAUCAGCUGCGUACGCUGCCCGAUGGGUCGCCAAGUCACUGGUCAAGGCAGGACUUUGCAAACGUGUUCUUAUUCAGGUGUCCUAUGCCAUCGGUAUUGCUGAACCCCUGUCCAUCACAGUGUUCAGCUAUGGCACAUCUCAUAAGUCAGAAGCAGAGCUCCUGGAGAUUGUCAAAAACAACUUUGAUCUCCGACCUGGAAAAAUUGUCAAGGAGUUGGACCUGCGUCAGGCCGUGUACCAGAAGACCGCCUGCUACGGACAUUUUGGUCGGCCAGAAUUCACAUGGGAGCAACCUAAGAAACUGAAGUUUUAAAGUUGUUGUAUUUGCAAAUAUUUUUUUUUUAUAAAUGAAUAAUUUUAUCAUAUGACUAUUUUACUAUUAUAAUUUAUAUGUGCGUGGAAGAUCUGGGGAUUUUUCGGGAGUUUUUCCCGGUAGGCCACAGUAGCUCGAAGGAUACUUCGACGCUGUUCUUGCCCACAAGUACAGGGGAUUGCUGGGGUCCUGGCAAUACAACUUCCCAUCUGCUGCUCUGGCAAUUACAGUCUCGGAUUUCGCCUUCUUGUUAUUGCAAAUGUGCAAUUUACCUUGACUUUUUAUAUGCACAAUCUGGAAGCACAUUUGUCUUGUGUUUAUAGAAAUUUAUGGAAAAGAGCACUCUUUAUAAACACUCGGGCCUACUAUCCAGCUGAAUCUUCUCUUACAGAAGUUGUUUUCUUGUGAAUGUGAGGGAUAUUACAACAAUCAUAAUAACAGUUACAUUUCGUGAUUUUUGUUGUCUGCUGGGUUUUAUCAAUUUUUUACACCCAGUCGGAGAUUGACCAGAGAUAUGUAUAUUCUGAAGUAAUGCCGACAUGCGAUAUGCAUCCUAGUGAGGAUGCAUUUCACAUUUUGUGUUGUAACUGUAGGUGUAUAUGCUUGUUGCAGGCUGUCAAGGUCAUUUCAAUACCAUCAGUGGGGUCAGUGACCUUGGUUCUGAGACUUGUGUUCAUAUUGUCCAUAUUUAUGGCUUUGCACCUUUUUAUAGUGCUUCUGUAAUGUAGUCUUGCACAUUAUCAACAGUAUUCCAAGAUGUUUACGUUUAUAAUGUGUGUUAGUCAGAUCAUAUUUUUUCCUUUGAAAACAAAUCUUUCAUUCCUAUUUGUCUUGCCAAUAUCAAACCUGAUUUUGUUUGAGUUCUUGGCAGCCUGUUGGUGAAACCCAUGGUGUUUUAAUGAGGGUGUCUUGCAAAAGUAUUGUACAUUUGUUGGAGAUUUGAUCUUCAAGAUGAACCUUCCUCAUUAGGUGUUGAAUUGGUGCAAAGUGGGUUGUGUGAGUAAGUUUGUGAUGUGUCGUAUCAUCUCUGUCAUCGUCCUCAUCAUCACCAUGGGGCAAUACCUCACUGUUGGUCACUGCUGUGACGCCUUGUGUGAUUGAGACUGUGUGUAUGUGAACAGCUGCAAUAUGUUUCAAUUCUCACUCUCUUGCUGGAGGGCUUUGUAUGAGAUGGUAACAAUAAACAGGUAUUAAAACAA